ACUUCUCUGAAGCCCCACAUUUCCCUCCAGUACUUCUGCCUUCGGCGGGGGUUUGAAACUUUAAAGGUCGUUUGCAAGCGCCUCACGGCUCUUCCGAAGCGGAGGCUGCGGGGUCGGGCCGCUGGAGCCCACCUCGACGGCCGAGCUCCGUCCUGCCACAACCCGCGCCCGAGCACAGCCGAGAGGGAUCCGGGCGGGCGGGACGCCGGCGGGACGAGCCCCGGGAAGGGGGGGACUUCCCCACGCGAACCCCCGUGGGGCCGCCCCCGGGGCGGGGCCGCCGCCCUGAAAGCCGGGCCCGGCAGCGGGGCCGGGGCAGAGGCUGCGCCGCCGAGUGAGGGUGAGGGCCGGCAGCAGCAGCACCAGCACCAGCACCAUGGAGAGCGGCGCCGACGGGCGCCUGGACGCCGCCGCCUUCCUCGGGGCAUGGCGGCGCUUCGACGCCGACGACAAUGGUUACAUAGAAGGGAAGGAGCUUGACGAUUUUUUUCAUUAUCUCCUGGAGAAACUGGGACCAGAAAGCACCAUCACAGAAGAAGAAGUUCAAAGGAUGAAAGAGCAAUUCAUGUCUGUCUACGAUGUCACCUCAGACGGACGCUUACAAAUCCAGGAGCUUGCAAAUAUGAUCUUGCCGGAUGAUGAGAACUUCCUACUGCUUUUCCGACGGGAAACUCCCUUGGACAACAGCGUGGAAUUCAUGAGGAUCUGGCGCAGUUACGAUGCUGACAGCAGUGGAUUUAUUUCAGCCAGUGAACUCAAAGAUUUCCUGCGAGAUCUCUUUUUGCAGCAUAACAAGAUGGUUGCUGAAGUAAAGCUGGAAGAAUAUACUGAUGCUAUGAUGAAAAUCUUUGACAAAAACAAAGAUGGACGACUGGACCUGAAUGACCUGGCAAGGAUUCUGGCGCUCCAGGAAAAUUUCCUUCUACAAUUCAAGAUGGAUGCUUGCAGCACAGAAGAAAGGAGGAGAGAUUUUGAGAAGAUCUUUGCACACUAUGACGUUAGUAAAACAGGAGCGCUUGAAGGCCCAGAAGUGGAUGGGUUUGUCAAAGACAUGAUGGAACUGGUCAAGAUUAACAAAACAAGAAACAGCUGAUGUGUAUAGAGAAAUGCCAUCUCUUGUGAUUUCAAAAGAGCAACAUCUUCAUCUGGUCUUUAUGGGGAAGAAGUUUUGCUGCUUCGGGAAUCCUUGGACAUCUUUCAUUUGAGUUUUGGUGAAAGCAGGUGACACCUGGUGUCUCUCUGUUCAUGUAUCCUGGGCUUUCUGUCUGCUCAGUAAGUUUCACCAGUGCCAGGAACUCAGAAAUGGUAAUUUAUGCUUACUGGAGCAAACAUUGCCUGCAACAAGAACACCUGCUCCUGUGUAAGAGACUUUCCACUUUGCAAGGUGGUCAGUCCUGCCUGUCCUUCCUUCCUGCACUAUAGUACCUGAUUUGAAGUUGCCCCAGAAAUCCUGGUUUAAAAGCUUGCACCUUGCUUGAGGAUGGACCACUCUGGACCCUUCAACAUAUCACUGUAAACCCAGCCAAAAAAAAAAAAAAAAAGGAUUAAGGCUUGUGCUCCAGGUGUGCAAUAACUCUACUCAUCAGAGACUGAAAUCCAAACAAAUUCAAAGCAUGUGCUUACAUACAUUACAUAGUGAAACACUAAUCUUCACUCUCAUGUAACAAAGUGCAGCAAAUGUUUAAUGGACAUAACCUGGGAGCAGUGAAAAUGUGGGUAGAAAGUACCAGAGAAGGCAAAACAGGGUAAUGUCAGUCUCAGGGAACAGGUUCUAAGAAAGCAGGACUAGAAUAACACUAGAUUAUUUUUUAAUUGCUGUUUACUAGAUAGGACGUAUGUCUAUUUGAAAUUAACAGCAGCAUUAGUAAAAAAAUCUACUUAAAUCUGCUGAAGUCAACAGAAAAGAGGGUUGGUCACUGAAAUAUCUGCCAGAUCAAAAUUCAUGUCUGAAUAGGAAGGUAGAUUUGGGAUUUAAAAGGACAGUUGAUACCAAAACAAGGAAGUCCAA